AAAGAAUGAGAAAGCAUGAAGGCGGGAUUCUUGUAGGCUAGAGCCCAGAUCUACGUGGCUGGUAAGGUCACACACUCCCUCUCUUACAAAUACCGAACUCCCAACCACAAUCACCCUUCAGCUUCAACUUCAACUCUUCCUCUUUCAACUCUCUCCCUCUCUGACCCAAACCACCUACAAUGGCCGAGUCCUCAGUCUCCCCGACUCCUCUGUUGAAAGAUGAGCUCGACAUAGUCAUUCCCACCAUCAGAAACCUUGAUUUCUUGGAGAUGUGGAGGCCAUUCUUCCAGCCAUACCAUCUCAUCAUUGUUCAGGACGGUGACCCGUCUAAGACCAUCAAGGUCCCUGAAGGUUUCGACUAUGAGCUUUAUAACAGGAAUGAUAUUAACAGAAUUCUGGGUUCCAAAGCUUCUUGUAUUUCCUUUAAGGACUCUGCUUGUAGGUGCUUUGGCUACUUGGUUUCUAAGAAGAAGUAUAUCUAUACCAUUGAUGAUGACUGCUUCGUUGCUAAAGAUCCUUCUGGCAAAGAUAUUAAUGCACUUGAGCAGCACAUAAAGAACCUUCUGAGUCCAUCCACUCCAUUUUUCUUCAACACCCUGUAUGAUCCAUACCGAAAUGGUGCAGAUUUUGUCCGUGGGUAUCCAUUCAGCCUUCGUGAGGGUGUCCCUACAGCUGUAUCUCAUGGCCUCUGGCUGAAUAUCCCAGAUUAUGAUGCCCCCACCCAGCUUGUCAAGCCUCUUGAGAGGAACACCAGGUAUGUGGAUGCUGUAAUGACAAUACCAAAGUCAACCCUGUUCCCCAUGUGCGGUAUGAAUCUGGGGUUCAACCGGGAAUUGAUUGGUCCUGCAAUGUACUUUGGUCUUAUGGGUGAUGGUCAGCCAAUUGGACGCUAUGAUGAUAUGUGGGCUGGCUGGUGCACUAAGGUUAUAUGCGACCACUUGGGUUUCGGAGUCAAGACAGGAUUGCCUUACAUAUAUCACAGCAAAGCAAGCAACCCAUUUGUGAACCUAAAGAAGGAAUACAAAGGAAUCUACUGGCAGGAAGAGCUGAUCCCAUUUUUUCAGUCUGCAGUCCUUCCUAAGGACUGCAACACUGUUCAGAAGUGCUACAUUGAACUCUCCAAGCAAGUCAGAGCAAAACUUGGUAAAGUUGAUGAAUACUUUAUCAAGCUAGCAGAUGCCAUGGUAACAUGGAUUGACGCGUGGGAUGAGCUAAACUCAUCAGGGAACUCUGGUGAAUUGGCCAAUGGUGCUGCAAAAUAGAAUUCUUGAUAGCAGGGAGGUUAACAGUUAUGAGGUCAGAGAUGUUAUUAUCUCAUAGAAAGUCCUAGGGUUGAGCCCAUUUAUCGAAGCCUUUCGCUUUGAAGCUUGGAUUAAUUAUUUUGCAGGUGGAGGGAAAAUAUAAUAUUUUUCUUGUUAUCAUGAGUUUAGAACAAUAACAAAUGAUAUGCAUUUCUGUAUUCAAGUAGAUUAUUGCUUUGGAAAUUUUACUACAUUUUGUUGGCAA